AUGUGGUGGAGAUCUGCCAUCGCUCCAGACCUUGGUGAUCAUCUGCAGCUCCACAUCGACAUCACCUACAGGAUCGGACGGAGAGAUGGAAAGAGGACGCGUCCUGUGAUCAUCAGAUCCAGAGCAGUCAAGGAGUCCAUCUGGAAGAAGGCCAAGGGAUUCGAGUACCUUGCAUCCAGGAAGCUGAGGUUCGGAGAAGACUUGACUGCGAAGGACAAAGAGACUCAAAACUGUUUGUGGCCCCAAAUCGAGGCGGCGCAUAAAGAGGGGAAGAAAGCCUUCUUUAUUGGAGCUAGAGCCAUAAUCGACGAGAGAGAGCUGAGGGUAUGA